CGCUCACCACCACCAACAACAUCUUCUCAGCAAAUUCAAAUUUCAAAUCCCCUCCAAAAUAAACCAUCCACCAAAAACCAUGGGCGAAAAGACCACCGCUGCUAAGUCAAUCGCCGGCCGAGGCAAGUCUAAAUCGAAGUCCGUUUCCAGAUCUUCAAAAGCGGGGCUCCAGUUCCCCGUUGGCCGGAUCGCCCGUUUCCUGAAGAAGGGCCGUUACGCCGAGCGCGUCGGAUCUGGUUCGCCUGUUUACCUCUCCGCCGUCCUUGAAUACCUCGCGGCCGAGGUUUUGGAGCUAGCUGGAAAUGCGGCGAGGGAUAAUAAGAAGAACAGAAUAGUACCAAGGCAUAUUCAAUUAGCUGUGAGGAACGACGAGGAGCUGAGCAAGCUGUUGGGAUCUGUGACUAUUGCAAACGGCGGCGUUUUGCCCAAUAUCAACCAGAUUCUGCUGCCCAAGAAGUCUGGCAAAGGGAAGGCAGAAAUCGGAUCUGCUUCUCAGGAAUUUUAGGGGAUUUAUUAUGUUUUUUUAUUUUUGCUUCUCGGUAGAUUUAGUCGUGCUUUGUUUUUUAAAAGAAAUGUUUUGUCGAUAUGAUGUAGAUUAGUUUCGAAUUAAUCAAUGGUGAUUUUAUAUGUUCAUCUGUUAUGUUUAAAUGAAAUCUGGCAAUUUUAUUCUCCAUA